GGGAUGGGGCACUGUGGGAGGUGAGGAGGGUGCUGGAUGUCCAUGGGGAUGGGGCACUGUGGGAGGUGAGGAGGGUGCUGGAUGUCCAUGGGGAUCGGGCCCCCGGGGAGGUGAGGAGGGUGCUGGAUGUCCAUGGGGAUGGGGCACUGUGGGAGGUGAGGAGGGUGCUGGGCAUCCAUGGGGAUCGGGCCCCCGGGGAGGUGAGGGUGGGCUCGAGGACGCUCCGUGUGCCCCCAAGUCCACCGCCCUCCCCCGCGGGCAGCUCGCCAUGGCGAGGGCCGGGCACGCCUGGAGCCGCCCGGCGGCGGGGCAGGGCGGGCCCGAGGAGGACGAGGAUCCGCUGGACGCCAGGAUCGCGCGGAGCGGCUGCCUGGAGCAGCACCGGCAGCUGCAGGAGUGCAUGGCGGAGCGGCGCGACUGGCGGCACUGCCAGGAGCAGCUCCGCGCCUUCGGAGCCUGCAUGGCGGAGCGGCAGCGGCGGCAGCAGGGAGCGCAGAGCCCGGCCCGGCCCACGGACUGACGCCGCCCCCCGCUGGGGUUUAUUUCUGCACAACCGGCUGCGGAAUGGCUGGGGAAUUAAAGCUGCAAUUUGUCAUCCCUCGGCUUCAUCUGUGUCGCUGCAAGUUGGAGGGGGUGGCUGGUUUGGAGGGUGCAGCGUCAAGCUGAGGCACGGCAGGUUCAAGAGGAAUUUCUUCGUGGAAAGGGGUUUUAGGGACUGCCCAAGGAGUCUGCAUCCCUGGAGGUGUCCAAGAACUGGACCUGGCACUCAGUCCUCUAAGGUGGGGAUUGGGCACAGCUUGGACUCUAUGAUUUCAGAGGUCUUUUCCAACCAAAAUGAUUCUGUGGCUGUGGAUUUCCAGCCCAAAAUGUCCCAAUCCAGGAGCAUACACAGCAUUCAGGCUGGGUCUUACCUCCAGAACAGCCCUGCUAUGUAGUUUUAUUCUGUGUAUUCUGUGCCAUCCUAAGGCUUUUCCCAGCAGUGAUAACCUCAUGUUCCACAGGAUGGGAUUUAUCUCAGAAGCCACAGAAAAAUUAGGAAUGGGAGAAAAAGGACUUCUCAUCUGACCACCA